AGCAAGAAAAGAGGUUCAAACUUCCCACCUCCCCGUGUCUUCCCUUUCUGACACCACUCACCACUUCUUUAUAAACAAGGGGAACGUUCACAAAAUAUCCUAAGCCUAACAGUUUCUUCUUAUAUCUUCAGGGAAAAAAAUCUCUCUUAUCUUUCCUCUGAACAGGUAGUAAAGCCCUGUCUAGUCCGGCUUUCAUCCCAAGCUCUGAUGAAGUCAGCAGAGGCAGGAAGAGCUCGUGCCUUUGGAUCUAGCUCUUGCGGCCUUCCAAAUUGCAGAUUGAGGGGUCCCUUCAAACAGGAUCUUUUGCUCCAAGGAGUGGUGUUCCUUCUUUGGCCUCUCUUGGUGUUUGAAUACUGGUCAUCUAGCUACAGCUUUCAGGUCAUGGACAGAAUGGAGACGUGGGUUUCUAGAGCUCAAGAAGGAGCCUGACACCCCUGCUGAAAAUGGCUUUGUCUGUGGACUCGGCUUUGUAUCGCUGGCAGCGACUGGGAGCCCCGCAUCCCUCCCAGGCUCUCUCAGAAUCGACACCACUACUGUUUUCUGUCAAAGACAGGCUGAAAUUCAACUUAAACAAAUGGAGGAUUGUGUUUCCCAACAAUGGGAGGCAGCAGAAAGACUGGGACCAAGCUGCUAGAUUUUAUUCUGGAAACAGGAUACAGACCACAAAAUACACCUGGCUCACUUUCUUGCCCCAAAAUCUCUUUGAGCAGUUUCACAGGCUGGCUAAUCUUUAUUUCCUCUUUCUGGUGGUUCUAAACUGGUUCCCACAAGUGGAAGUUUUCCACAGGGAGAUUACUAUGCUGCCUUUGAUUGCAGUGCUGCUUGCCGUCACGGUGAAGGACGUUAUUGAAGACUAUAGAAAAUACCGAUUUGAUAAGACUAUAAACUCCUCUAAAACCAGGGUAUAUGACAAGGAAGAUCAUGGCUACGUUGAGAAGUGCUGGAAAGAUGUCCGAGUAGGGGACUUUGUGCAGCUGCGGUGCAACGAGACCAUCCCAGCCGACAUCCUCUUGCUCUACUCCUCCGACCAGAGUGGGGUCUGCCACCUGGAAACUGCCAACCUUGACGGGGAGACCAACCUCAAACAACGACGAGUUGUGACAGGCUUCUCUAGCCAGAACACUCCGUUUGAACCAGAACUUUUUGAAAACAUCAUCAUCUGUGAAAUGCCUAACAAUGAUCUCAAUAAAUUCAAAGGGUACAUGGAACUGCCAAAUCAAGAGCAGAUCGGUGUUAGCAUUGAAAGCCUUUUGCUUCGUGGAUGUACAAUCAGAAACACUGAGGUUGCAAUAGGAAUUGUUGUAUAUGCAGGUCAUGAAACUAAGGCCAUGCUAAAUAACAAUGGUCCUCGUUACAAACGCAGCAAGAUAGAGCGACGGAUGAAUAUGGAUAUUUUCUUCUGUGUGGGACUUCUGCUUGCAAUGUGUCUUGUCGGAGCAGUAGGACAUGGCAUUUGGAGUGGAACCUUCUCAGAGCAUCCACCUUAUGAUGUCCCAGAUGCGAAUGGCAAUUAUCUGUCUCCAGUUGUUGCUGGUUUCUACAUGUUCUUGACUAUGAUAAUCCUGUUGCAGGUUUUAAUCCCCAUUUCUCUCUAUGUGUCCAUUGAGUUAGUCAAGUUGGGCCAAGUCUUUUUAAUUCAUAAUGACAUUGACCUGUAUGAUGAAGAAGCAGAUUUGCCCAUACAGUGUCGAGCCUUAAAUAUUACUGAAGAUCUUGGACAAAUCCAGUAUAUCUUCUCAGACAAAACUGGGACACUAACAGAAAACAAAAUGGUAUUCCGACGCUGUACUGUUGAUGGAAAUGAGUUUUCACAUCAGGAAAAUGCCAGACGUCUGGAAACCCACAAGGAGUUGGAUUUAGAUGAUGAGGACUUUGCAAAACUUCAGCACUUCACUCUUCCUCCCAUGAAUACUGAGCAACCAGCCACUUAUAAACAGAGGACCGUAAGACCUUUAAGGCGGUCCCAGAGUGCUAGGGCUCAUUUUCAAGGUCAUGCAAGGCAGAAGUCACUCGGUCGUCGUGAUAGCAGCCAGUCUCAAGUGGCAUUCAGCAGUACCAUCGAAAAGGAUGUGGCUCCUGAUAGCAGGCUGUUGAGGAGAGUGAGAGAAGCCACGCUCCAGACUGAAAAUCUGUCUCCAUUUACAGAUAUGAAGACUGCCACAUCCCUUACUGACUUUUUUCUUGCCCUUGCUAUCUGUAAUACAGUUGUGGUCUCCACAGCUACAGAGCCAAGACAAAGGGUUACAAUCCCCCCACAAAUAAAACCUUCAGGAAUCACCCUGGAGAGGAUUCAUCAGAUAUUCCAGCGGCUAAAAUUAGCAAGCCUCAGUCAAUCUUUUGCAUCGUCUCAGUCCAGUUCAGACCUCGGAGCUAGCUUUAGUGCAAAGAGCACGGAAGAGCGCCUGGCCACGCUGGAUUGCUGCGACGACGGCGAUGACUGCUAUGGCAGUCAUGGGAAGGGCAGCAAGGAUAUUGGCAGUGCUUCCUUGGAUGAGGUGUUUAAAUCUGUUUCUCACAGCUCUUUGCCAUCAGAAUUUUGUUAUGAGGCUGAGAGCCCAGAUGAGGCGGCUCUUGUCUACGCUGCCCAGGCGUACAGUUUUACCUUGGUGUCCCGGACUCCAGAGCAGGUGACCGUGCGGUUGCCACAGGGCACCCUCCUGACUUUCGACAUUCUCUACACCUUGGGGUUUGACUCGGUAAGGAAAAGGAUGUCGGUUGUGGUGAGACACCCUCUAACCAAGGAGAUCGUCGUCUACACAAAAGGAGCUGACUCUGUUAUAAUGGACUUACUGGAAGACCCAGCCAAAGCUGAAAUUAAUGCACAGAAAAGAAUGAGAAGAAUAAAAGAUAAAACACAGAAACACCUGGACUAUUAUGCCCGUGAUGGCCUACGAACACUGUGCAUAGCUAAGAAGGUCUUGAAUGAAGAUGACUUUCAAAAAUGGGCCAGUUUUCGUCGUGAGGCAGAAGCUGCCAUUGACAACAGAGAUGAGCUGUUAAUGGAGACAGCGCAGCAUCUGGAGACCAAGCUCACCUUGCUAGGAGCAACAGGGAUUGAAGAUCGGCUGCAAGAUGGAGUGCCUGACACCAUUGCAGCUCUUCGAGAAGCUGGGAUACAAAUCUGGGUGUUGACAGGAGACAAACAGGAAACAGCAGUUAACAUUGCGUAUUCUUGUAAACUUCUGAACCAAGGAGACACUGUCUUUACCAUUAACACUGAAAAUAAGGAAACUUGUGAAUCUCUCUUGAACUUAACCUUGGAAGAAGUGAGGAAGAGUUACGAUGUUGAAAAACCACGGAGGAAAUUUUUUGGCAUUAUCCCAACAUCUCUAUCAGCCCCUGGGGCCCCCUCUCCUGAAUUUGGACUGGUGAUUGAUGGAAGAACGCUGAACGUCAUCUUCCAGGGGGGCCUGGAAAAGACAUUCCUGGCCCUGACGAAGCACUGCCGCUCGGUCCUGUGCUGCCGCUCCACCCCUCUCCAGAAGAGCAUGGUGGUCAAGCUAGUCCGGAGGCAGCUUAAAGUGAUGACCCUGUCAAUAGGUGAUGGGGCAAAUGAUGUAAGUAUGAUUCAAGCAGCUGAUGUUGGAAUUGGAAUAUCUGGCCAAGAAGGCAUGCAGGCUGUGAUGGCUAGUGACUUUGCAAUAUCACGAUUUAAGCAUCUCAAAAAACUGCUUCUCGUCCAUGGACACUGGUGUUAUGCUCGUCUGGCAAAGAUGGUGAUUUACUUUUUCUACAAGAAUGUGAGCUACGUCAACCUGCUCUUCUGGUACCAGUUCUUCUGUGGGUUCUCUGGUACCACCAUGAUAGAUUAUUGGCAAAUGAUCUUUUUUAAUCUCUUCUUCACCUCGAUGCCCCCUAUUCUCUUUGGAAUCCUCGAUAGAGAUGUUUCUGCAGAAACACUCCUAGGUUUGCCUGAAUUAUACAAGAAUGGGCAAAAUUCAGAGAUAUAUAAGCUGUCAACUUUUGUUAUUACAAUGCUGGAUGCCUUCUAUCAGAGCCUCAUUUGCUUCUUUGUCCCCUAUUUGACGUACAAGGGCUCUGACAUAGAUGUAUUUACCUUUGGGACCCCCAUCAAUACCAUCUCCCUCCUCACCAUUCUCUUGCACCAGGCUCUAGAAAUGAACACAUGGACGGUGUUUCACUGCGUCACGAUGACUGGGAGUGUGCUGCUUUACUUCGUCUUCUCAGUCGUCUACAACGCGGUCUGCGUGGUCUGCAACCCUCCCGCCACUCCCUACUGGAUCAUGGAGAGGCAGCUUUCAGACCCCACUUUCUAUUUACUGUGCCUCAUUACCCCGGUCAUCGCACUCUUACCGAGGUACUUUAUUUUUGCCCUACGAGGAACCUUUGGAGCAUCUCUGAUUCUGAAAGCUCAGCAACUAGAUAAACUUCCUAAAGAGCAACAAGAUCUUGAAAUCCAAAAGUGGAGGUCAAGAAAAGAAACUACUUCUGAUGCACCCAUAGCAACACCAGCUUCUAAUGAUGACCUUGACCGAACCAUCAACCACUUAUGUGUAUCACCGUUUUUGCAUCGAGCAACAGCAGCUGUGUCUCGUGGGGACACAGAUAGCCAGGGACUUUCCACCUCUGAAAUGAAUCCUCUCAGGAAAUGGACACCUGAAGAAGGCAAUUAUUUCUUUAAUAGAUGGGCAGAGGAAGAAUCUACUGCUACAGACUCCUCAGCAGGACCUUUCUCUGGCCAUUAUCCCCUUGUUCCCAAUAGGGUAGCAUCUCCUGGGCAGAAUGCUAGCAAACUAACUAGAGAUAAUGCUAAAAAAUUUAACCAUAGAAGCCAUCGGCGAUCUGUGAGUGCAGUGACACUCUGAAGAAAUACUCAGAAAUGGGAUUCAUUUACUGGACAUGGUAUCUCUGCUAUGCAAGCCAUGUGGAGAAACAUACCUUAGAGAAAACAGAAUUUCUAUUUGUGCUUAACCAUAAUGCUCGAUACAAAAGAAUAGAGAGAAAUUUGGAGUUACAGACAUGCUGGAGUAUUUCAAUACAAUCUCCAAUAUGUAACUUCUCCCAAGCAUAUAUAUUGUUUGGGUUAGUCACUAGAUGACUUCUUGUUUCAGUAGUGUAAUGUUACACGAGUAUCACAUAGUUGCUUAGAAAUGUACAGUUUUGCACAAAGUUACUUUCUUUCAUCAAGAAGCAUUUUUCUGUCACAGUAAUAGUGAAUAAUUCCAUUAGUGGUGUUUCAAUGCUAUUAUGUCAUGUAAGUAGUACAGAAACAAUAGUAAAGAAACCCAUUCCACAUUAAGCCAAGUCUCGGAGUAACACAUCCUACUCUAACUUUUAAUAUCAAAGUCUUAAAAGGACCUAACUAACUUAAAAAUUACAGUUCUACCAAAAAAGUUGUUGCCUCCUAGUGCUAAAAAUAGCUCCAAAAUAACAGUAACUGAAAGAGACUAGAAAAUGUUCCUUUUUAAUAUUUAGACUUUGUAUAUACAACUAUAUCAAGUAUAGAGUCUGUUUUCCCUCCCCAGUAAGCUCUGUGUUUUUAUUCAGGUUUGACCUGAUACUGUUAAGAAAAGGAGAAAAUGGUUUAUGAAAUAGAAGAAUGGAAAUACAAAACUACAAAAACUGGCAGGAUAACUCAAGGAUAAGUGGAGUCUACUUCUUCAUACCUACAUAGACAGAUAUAACUAGUCCAAUUCCAAUUCAAGUAUCAAUAUUCUAGAAUUCUGAAUUUUCCCUGCUUUUCAUUUGGAAAUACAGUCUCUUCCUUCCCUUUCCUAUAUUAUUGUAUCCUUUUGCUGCAUUCAAUCAAGUAUAGAUCCUGCUCUUUCCCACAGUUGGCUUCAUUCAGUAGUUGAUGGAAAUCUCAGUGACGGAGAUUUUCACAACUAAUAUAUGAAGAUCGCUAAUCACAUUGCAGUAAAUACAUGGUGUAGAAUGACAAAAACAUGUUCCAAGUCGUGUAUUACUUCUAUUUAUCCUUUUCAGUAUCUCAGGGCAGCAAGAAGUAGGAAAAAACAUAGAAUGUCACCAUCAUCACUACCUAUUGCAAUGCAAUGAAAGGUGAUUUUUAUAUUUCUUAUAGAAAUGUUGACUAGUAAGACCUUUUCCCAAGUUUUUCUUCACGAUGUGCGGUGAAUUCCUAACCAUACUUUAAAGUCAAGCCAUCUGGACUUUCAUGGAUCUAUCACUGCCUCUGAUUUAAGUAUGUUUUUAGGCUUUUGUGUAUGUACUAUAAUAAUUAUUUUAGCUAACUAUUUGCUACUUAUCACAAUGUAUGAAAUCUCUUAAAUACUCUAUUUAGCAAAUACUUAUUUACUUUCUAUGUGUUACAAUGAUUACCGUAACUAGAAUCUUAAAGAUGUUACCUUAAAGCAACUCAGGCAAGACCAAGUAGUAUAUCUGCCAUUUGGAUUUCUGGUAGCCAGAAUGAGAGCACAUAUAUAACUGUAAUUGAUAAAGUGUUAAUUGUCAGCUGUAAGGCAAUUUAAAAAGAGAUUUUUUGCAUGAUGUACAAAUGAAGGGAAUUAGACAAAGCUGAGAUUACGCUUAAUGGUGUGUGACAUUAUUCAAAUGUUUGCUCACUAGCUGGAAAUGAGCCUUAGGUGCCAAUACUUAAGAUCAAGUCUUUAUGACUCCCAGCUGUGUUUUUACAUGAAAGAGUCCAUUUCCUUUGAACUUAAAGAAGAUGCCAAUUUUUUAUUAUGUAUUUUAUGAGAAAAUGUGAAAUAUUUUCAUACUAAUAAAAUGUAAUGCGGUCAUGA